ACCACUUCCUGAUGAACCCAAACACAUUAAAUGUAAAUUAAAAGGACCAAACACUCUGCAGAUGGGUGAGGAACUACAAAGUGAAAUCGAGGUAAUGCUUACAGAUCAGUAUGGAAAUCAGGUUCAGUCAGCAACAUCUGCAUGUGUGAAUUCCCUAGGCGUUUCUGCACCUGGACUUGAUAAAUCAAAUUUGAAAAUAAUUUGGCAGGAAAAUACUCUAACAAUGAAAAUACAAGGUAUUCGGUUUAAACCUUGUUUACUUGGAAGCAAAGAAUUGUGCUUCGCUUGGCGUGAAUUUUCUGACUUUCUCAGACUAAACUUAACUGCAGGAUCCCCUGCUAAGGUGCAGUUUGUGGGAUGGCCAGAGUUAGAAAAGCCUGUUGCAGUGAUUAAUGGUAGAGAAUUGCAGAAGCCCCUUAUUGUUCAGCUGUGUGAUCAGUGGGGAAAUCCAACUCCUGAACCUAAUGUCAAAAUCAGCCUUAUAAAGGGCAACAACAUAAAGAUUGUUUCUUCAAACCAGCACCAUAAAACAGAUGAAACUGGUAGGGCUAACCUGGGAGUUAUUUGUAUUCAUGCACCUAGAGGAGAGCACACUUUACAGCUUAAAGCCAUAUACAACAAGACCACAUUAGAUUGUCCUAUAAUCACAUUAAAUGUGCUGCCUGAUCCUGAGAAGCCUGUCUGCUUGAAUGUUAAAUAUGACAAAAAUGCUUCUUUUCAAGCAGGUGGUACCUUCCCUGAUUUUAUGGUUAGUGUUCUUUCUGAAGAUGACAACAUUAUUAAAAAUAUUAAUCCAGCACGAAUUUCUAUGAAAAUGUGGGAGGCACAGAGCAUUGGAACUAGGAUGCCAAUUGAUGUUACAGUAUUUAGCUGUAGUAAAGUGAAGGAUGACAAGGAAGAUGGCUUCUUCUACUUCAGGGAUAAAGUGGUUCCAGAGCGAGUUGGCACUUACAAUAUCCAGUUUGCCUUCGCAAUGGAUAAGACAAACAUUCUCACCAGUGACCAGAUUAUAGUUGACGUUGUACCUAAUGACCCUGUACGCUUGUUACCUGAUUCUUUACCAGCUACUCCAGCAGUUUCGAAUGUUCGAGCUCUUACUAGCCGUACACUGGUUAAGGAUUUAUGCCUCCAUGUAAUGGAUGAAUACAACAACCACACUGGAAUUGAUCUAGUUGGCAGAAUAAUAGCAAAAAUUAAGAGCCCCAAUGAAGAUGAUACAGAGAUCCCACAAUUUCAGGGGAAAGUCAGUACAGCUGAGUUUCCAUUUGAGAGAGGAUCAGCUGAAAUUAGUCUAGUGCUGGCUGAAAACAGUCCUGGAAGAGACAGCACUGAAUAUAUUCUUGUAUUCGAGCCAGAUCUUCCAGCUUUGAAAAAACCUUUGGAGCCUUAUCGUCUGUCAUUUAUGUUUUACAAUGAUUUCAAGAAGCAGCAACAGAUGGCAACACUUACAAGGGAGAGAGACCAAUUAUCUCAGUCCAUUGGUGUUUACAGAAAUUGGUUAGAUACUACUAAUCAGCUUGUAAAUGAAAUUAAAUGUCAGGUUAAAGAAGCUGAAACAAGAGAAACACAUCUGAAGAGCGAACUGAAAAAACACCAAAUUGAAUUACCACAGACAAACACACUUCAGUAUGUGGAUUCUCUUAUAAAACAAAAGAUGUUGGAUCAAGAAGGAGUAAUGAAACAGCCAAGGCGAACUUGUACCCUCCCAAACUAUCCAAAAGGCAACCAGGAUAUUUUAGGCAAGAUUGCACAUUUAGCACAAAUUGAGGAUAACGAAGCAGCAAAAGUUAUUUCUUGGCAUUUGGCAAGCGACAUGGACUGUGUAGUUACACUGACUACUGAAGCUGCUCGUUCUAUCUUUGAUGAAACUCAAGGUCGACAGCAAGUGUUACCUCUUGACUCGAUUUACAAGAAGACACUCCCUGAUUGGAACAGGCCUUUACCUCACUUAAGAAAUGGAAAAACGUUCUUCAGACCUAUUGGAAAUCCUGUAUUUGCCAGAGAUCUGUUAACAUUUCCAGAUAAUGUAGAGCAUUGUCAAACAGUGUUUGGGAUGCUCUUGGGUGACACUAUCAUUAUAGAUAAUUUGGAUGCUGCCAACCAUUAUAGAAAAGAGGUUGUAAAAAUUACACAUUGCCCUACUUUGCUGACUAGGGCAGGAGACAGGAUUCGUAGUAAUGGAAAAUUUGGAGGCCUUCAGAAUAAAGCUCCUCCAAUGGACAAACUCAGAGGAAUGGUAUUUGGAGCACCCAUGCCAAAACUUUACUCUACUUUUGCUGGACAGAUAGAUCUUCUUCAGCAAUACCGUACAGCAGUGGUGAAACUUGAUAAUGUGAAUAAGGACCUUGAUUUACAUUUGCAGUCACUUAACGCUCCAGAAAUGCAAAAGAAAAAACAGGAACUUGCUGAACAAGAGAAAAGCCUCAAGCUAAUAGAACAAAAAUUGGGUAUGACUUCAUCAGAUAAAGUCACUGAAUCAUUACUUCAGCCUGUAAUGUUAGAUAUGCCUGACACCCCCAUCCCUCCCAAAAGAAUGCGAAGAGAAACAGUGAAAAAAUUGUAUAGCUCAGAAGAAUGGAUCUCCUCUACCACAAAGAAGCAGCAGCAAUUGCUGCAAAUACCCACUUCAGAACUUAAUGGAACUUCACGAAAGAGAAAGGCAUAGACUGAUGAGACUUGCUGGAAAUGGCUCUGUACUGAAAAUGUGAAUACGUUCAGUUAAAGAAAAAUACUCAUGUUGUACUACCCAUUACGAUGAAGAUUUUUAUACUGAUUGAAGAUAUAGAUGUAUUUCAGUUAGUAGUAACAAAAAAUAAGUCUUUAGCAUUGAUAGCCUAAUUUUUGUAUAGUUAAUUUUCAUUUCUAAAAGCUUUCAGAGUUUUUAUGUUCAUGUGUGAAAAAAGUUUAAAAUAUAUCCUUUUUUUAUUUAUGAAAAAAAUCAAUCUUUUCAAUAAAA